CGCACCCAUAACAACAUCUAAAUUUGAAUAGCCAGUGAGAAGCAACUUAGAAGGCAUGAUGACAUUGGACUGUUUCCCUCUAUUCAUUGGGUUGUAUUUAUAUAUCGCCAUGUGGGUUGUGAUCUUAGAACACUAUAGGUGUUCAUGAAAUAAGGCAAAUCGAGCGUCACUUUGUUUUUCUGGAACUGUGUGGCUUUCCUGGAACCACCUGGGCCACAACCUUCUCCAGUCAUCCAGGGGACCGUCUCGCAAAUGUCUUGUUUUUUGCACGAUUGACAAUUUCAGUCCAUGGAAAUUAUAAAAAUGGGAAAUGUAGGCAAUGGUGCAUGAAUUGGUAAUUAAACACAAAAUAUACAUAUAUAUGUGUAUACACUAGCCACUAAUGUAUUAACAUGCCUUCUAACAGUACAACAAGAUCUGGAUGGGUAGGGUCUAUCCAUUACCGGGCUCUAAUUGUACAGAUUCUGAUUAUAAUUUUUCUGUACCUUAAUGGUCUACUCCUCACAACCUUCUUCAAGAAGGACGUUUUCCGCUCCAGCAUGCGCUACAUCUUCUUUGCCUAUACCCUGAUGUCGGACUGCCUGUACCUAAUGGUGACCGACGUUCUGCUACUCUUUUCGUAUAAUCGAAUAGUCAUGCAAAUUUGGCUUUGUCUUCUCUUCCUGAUAAUAGGGACUGCUUACAAUUUUGUAUUCCCUUUAACUCUGACAUUGAUGACUCUGGAGCGUUAUGUGGCCAUCUGCAUGCCUAUGCAGCACGGGGCCUUAUGCACCCCGCGCAACGCUUUGCACUGUAUUCUGAUAAUCAACGCUAUCAGCCUCUUACCCAUCAGCAUCUCUCUCUCCAUCUACUGGGCCUCAGUGCCUUUCAGCAGGUACACAGAGAAUUUGGUGUGCGGGGUUGAAAUGCUCAUCAUUCACAGAUGGCAGAGUCAUUACUGGUCGGCCAUAACUCAGUUAUACUUUGUCAUCAUGCUUGUCAUCGUUAUGUUCUGUUAUGUUCAAAUCUUAAAAGCAGCCAGGAAAGCAUCAGGAGAGACAAAGAAAUCCUCAGGGAAGGGACUCAGAACGGUACUCCUUCAUGGCUUUCAGCUCAUUCUCUGCCUUACUCGGCUGUGGUGCCCUUUGGUUGAAGCUGCUGUCAUGCAGAUGGAUCUUCGUUUAUUCGUUGAUUUAAGAUACGCCAAUUACGUAAUGUUUACUCUUGCUCCGAGAUGUCUAAGUUCCCUUGUUUAUGGCCUCAGGGACCACAAGUUAUUUGUAAAUCUGAAAUAUUAUGCUGUAUUUGGCUUGGCUUGUCAGCCUCCUGUAUUGACUGAUUGAAAGAAUAACAUUUGAAUAUAAUUAUGUUGAAAUUAAUACUUAUAUAUCAUUGGGUUAAUCAACUAAUGAAUGCCACCAAUCAUAAGAGAAGCAAAAUUCAAUUUGUACUACAACUGUUAGUACGCACAGUUUUAUGUUCAUGUUUAUAAAUAACAUGCAGAUACAUUUCCCUCACCUAAAUGUUUACCUUAAGCAUCUGCUAAAUGCCCUGAAUGUAAAUGUAAAUCUGCUAAAUGCCCU